AUGGCCAGCCCAGAACGAUUAUCAACUGAAAGCAUCGAAGAUCAAUACUCAUCUUACACAUACUUAACUGACUGUCUAGUUUCAACGAAUCAACAAUCAUCAACAUCAUGUGCUAAGCAGGCAGACACGGAAUCAACACCAAUACUUAUCAAGAAAAGUAUAGUGACGAAUAGAGCUAGUGGUAAUGAUCUAUCUCGGGUUUUAAGUUGGGGUAAACAAUACGAUAUUACACAACUAUUCAAAACGCUUCCUCAAAUCUUUCAUGCCCAACCAGUAGUGCUGGAUUGCUGGGAAAUUAACUUUGAAACAUUGGAAAUGACAACUGCAACAUCCAAUCCUGGCAAUCUGACUGUUCCUCAAUGUCUUUGUUUCGUCCUCGAUCACCCGAAAAUCGUUCCUACUACAAAUCUAACGAAGCAUGAAAAUCAUCUGAAGCCGGUCAAUCACUACUUUUUCCGCUAUAUUAGUUUUGGUUUGGAUGCAGCAAUUAUACUCGAUUUUCACAUUCGUCGACUACGUGAUCCAACUCAAUUUACGUCUUCGUUGAAAAAUAAGAUCCUCUAUUUGAACGAAAGUAGAAAAUAUUUCAAGGAGUUCCUUUUUCCUCCAGCAUGGAAUUUAGGUUUAUACAUGAAAUUGAUUUGUGACGCACAAAAUUUUGACCGGUUCGAUUCGAUCUUGUCAUACAUUAGCGCUGAUGAAUAG